CAAGCAAGCAAAGCCGUUGGCGUUGGAUGCAGACAAAUAAAACCCAAAACCCACCCGAGUCGGGGAUCCUAAGAUUACAGGCCCCGAUCAAGGUUGGAAUCUUCCUACGCUGCAAAAAAAUUUUCUUGGCCUUUAAGUAACCAAACUCCACCAAAAUUCAAAACAUAGCUUUCCACAUUAUUUGUGCCUGUUUUCCAUCUCAUUUGAUAUCAAAUCAAUCUCCCGAAUGAGGCUUCUUUUGUGUUUCCUGUUGCUCCUAGCCUCUGCUUUCUCCACCUUCACCGCAAACUACAUGUCGGCCGCCGAGAACAGCGCAAUCCUGCUCUCAACUUCGCCGACUCCGAGAGUCGGAGGAAGAUCGCUCUUAUAUCUCCCUGAACACGAAACAGAAUUAGCUGCUAGGGCGGAUGGUACCAUUGUUUUAAGGACUAAAAAGUCAAAGAGAGUAAUCUGGUCGUUUGCCUCAGAAUCUCCUAUUUACUCUUCCUAUCAGGCUCCACCCCCCUCUGAUAAUGGCAAUGAAAAUGCCUCCCCACCAACCGCUGCUUUCUUUAUUGAUUGUGGAGACGACUGGGAGCUCUACGCGCAUGCCACCCACUCUAAUAAAAUGAAACUUUCUGUCACUGUUGAAGAAUUUGUCAAGCACAUGCCCCAUGUAUCCGAGGAUGGAGCAAUCACGCUUGGCUCUAAGAGGACAACUGUGUAUGUGGUUGAUGCUAUGUCCGGAAGACUACUGCAUGUUUAUAGGUCACCUGAUUCUCCAUCCAUGUUGGAGAGUGACAAAAAGGAGACUUCUUUAUAUGAUAAUGAUAAUGGCAAUAAGGAGCUGUUGAAGUCUGCUGCUGCUAACCCUGCUCAGCAGCGAUUUCACAUCACAAGGACUGAUUACACACUGCAGUCUUUCCAUCCUAACUCCGACAAGAUUGCAUGGAGUCUGAUGGUCGCUGAAAUUGGGGCUGCUUUACUUUGCCAGGAUGUUGAUGUUCCUUUCAUAACAUCUGCACUGAAUUCAAGCUAUGAGCUUCCUGAAAUUGGCAGUGAUUUUGAUUUGCCAUUUCCAUGUCAAUCAAAAGGUGUUGUUAUUCGGGAGCAGGAUACAUCAGAAAAUAUAACUACUUCUCAUCAUCAUGAUCCAAUGCUCCCAUUGCCUGCUUCACAUGUGCCUACUUUGCAGGCCAACCUUGGUUGGUCAUCAGAUGACCAUCAUAAUAGGAAGAUGCAUCUAGCGGCUGCUCCAGAGGCAAAGCUUCAGUUGCAACCCAAAGUUGAUAAUUUAUCAAACCUUUCUGACAAAAGUGACAAUAAAACAACUGUCCUUCUGCCUCCCUUGGAGAACAAUGAUUCUAGAAUAGCUGAUGUGCAUGAUCUGAGAACACCUCUUACUGAUGGCCAAAGAAUUUUUUCCAAAUAUUUAGUAGUAUUGCCCUUUAUUUUAUUUUUCAUAAUUUUAGUGGGCUUUGUCACCUAUCGCCGUAUUCUUGUGGCUAAAGAGCUUACUGCAUUAAAGGACCAGCCUGUCACUAAUUUAAAUGUUAGGCCUUCCAAGAGGAAGAAGUCCCGAAGAUUAGGAAAGAGUAAUGGACCUGUUGAGAAAAAGGAUAAGCACACAUCAUCUGAAAGUGAGGAUGGAUUUUCACCCAUUUAUGGUGACAACAAAAUGUUGCUGGACCUUAAUAAAUUUGUUGAUGGUGGCACUGAUGGACGUAGAAUUGGCAAGCUAGUUUUAUUUAGCACAGAAAUUGCAAAGGGAAGCAACGGCACAAUUGUCCUGGAGGGAUUGUAUGAAGGUCGAGCAGUUGCUGUGAAACGCCUUGUCCAAGCUCAUCAUGAUGUCGCUUUCAAAGAAAUUCAAAAUCUCAUUGCAUCUGACCGGCAUCCAAAUAUUGUUAGAUGGUAUGGUGUGGAGUAUGAUCAAGAUUUUGUGUAUCUUGCUCUGGAGCGUUGCACUUGCAGUCUGGGUGAUUUGGUUCAAAUGUACUCAGAUACAUCUCAAAACCCAGUAUUGAACGAGGAUCAAGCUACAAGUGCUAUGAUUGAGCAUAAAAUUCGCUUGGAUUCAGUGAAAGGUAUCAUGACGGAUGUUAAUUUGUGGAAACCAAAUGGCCAUCCAUCGCCUCUUUUACUAAAACUGAUGAGGGAUGUGGUUUCUGGUCUUGCUCAUUUGCAUGAUUUGGGAAUUAUUCAUCGAGACUUAAAGCCUCAAAAUGUGCUAAUAAUUAAGGAAAAAACAGUGUGUGCAAAGCUUUCUGAUAUGGGCAUUAGCAAGCGCCUUCUUGAGGAUAGGUCAUCCUUGGGUCACUAUGCUACUGCUUGUGGUAGUUCAGGUUGGCAAGCACCUGAGCAACUUCUUCACGGACGCCAAACACGUGCAAUUGAUUUAUUUAGUUUGGGUUGUGUCCUUUUUUUCUGCAUCACUCGGGGUAGGCAUCCAUUUGGCAAUCAUCUUGAACGUGAUAUCAAUGUUGUCAACAACCAAGUGAACCUCUUUCUAGUGGAGCAGAUCCCUGAAGCUGUGGAUCUGAUUUCUUGUUUAUUGAAGCCUGAGCCUGAAUUGAGGCCAAGUGCAUUGGAGGUGUUGCGUCAUCCUCUAUUCUGGAGUUCUGAGAUGAGACUCUCAUUUCUUCGGGACACUAGUGACAGGGUUGAAUUAGAAGAUAGGGAGGCUGAUUCUGACAUCUUGAAAGCAUUGGAGAGUAUUGCAACGGUGGCUCUAUGUGGAAAAUGGACUGAGAAAAUGGAACCUGCAUUCAUUGCUAACAUUGGCUAUUACCGCCGAUAUAAGUUUGAUAGUGUUCGAGAUCUGUUGCGAGUCAUGCGAAACAAGUUGAAUCACUAUAGAGAGCUUCCCAAAGAAAUUCAGAAACUAGUAGGGCCGGUUCCAGAAGGCUUUGAUGGUUAUUUUGCUACUCGAUUCCCGAGACUCUUUAUUGAAGUAUACAAAGUUGUUUACAGACACUGCAGGGAAGAGGAAUCCUUUCAGAAGUACUUUAAAAGCAAUGCUGUUUAAAAUCUAAGAAGAUUAAUGUCUCAAAGGUGUUGGUGUAGAUAGCUGAAUAAGACUGUGGCAAUGCUUCUGAUGUCUUAUUCACCGGCCCUCGCAGGUAGUGUAUAGUUUGUAAAUGUUUAUUGGCUGUGAUGUAAUAAUGUAUAUAUUUGUUAUUCCUUUUAUAUGGAAAAUGUGUAAAAUUUGCCAUUGCCAUGUGAGACUUAUUGGGGUGAAUUCUUGAAGUCAAAACAAUGAUAGAAGAAAGAAAAGGAAAAUGUAACUAAGCCUGUACAAAUACAAUAUUGAAGAUCGAUUUUUAUUAUUUGCA